UCUUAGAAUCACCCAGAAACAUCAGUCACGUUUUCUCUCUGGACAGAACCGCAGUAAACUGCAAACAUGGGAGACGGUGAAAUGGAGUGUUUUGGCCCGGCGGCCGUUUUCCUCCGUAAGCCAGAAAGAGAGAGAAUAGAGGCUCAAAACACCCCCUUUGAUGCCAAAACAGCAUUCUUUGUGACCGAGCCAGAUAACAUGUACCUGAAGGGUACUCUUGUUAGCAAAGAAGGUGGCAAAGCUACUGUCAAAACUCUGUGUGGGAAAUCUCUUACGGUGAAAGAAAAUGAAAUCUUCCCUAUGAAUCCACCCAAGUUUGACAAAAUUGAGGACAUGGCCAUGAUGACCCACCUCAAUGAGCCUGCUGUGCUGUAUAAUCUCAAAGAACGUUACGCAGCAUGGAUGAUCUAUACCUACUCUGGCUUGUUCUGCGUCACUGUCAAUCCAUACAAGUGGCUCCCAGUGUACGAUUCAGUUGUUGUUGCUGGAUACAGAGGCAAAAAGAGGAUUGAAGCCCCUCCUCACAUCUUCUCCAUCUCUGACAACGCCUAUCAGUUCAUGCUCACUGACAGGGAGAAUCAGUCUAUCCUGAUUACUGGAGAAUCUGGUGCAGGAAAGACUGUCAACACCAAACGUGUAAUCCAGUAUUUUGCGACAAUCGCUGUAGCAGGAGGGAAGAAGACAGAACAUGUUGCUGGCAAAAUGCAGGGUUCACUAGAAGAUCAAAUCAUUGCAGCCAAUCCCCUGCUGGAGGCUUAUGGUAAUGCCAAGACUGUUAGGAACGACAACUCUUCCCGUUUUGGUAAAUUCAUCAGGAUUCACUUUGCCACCACUGGAAAACUGGCUUCAGCUGAUAUUGAAACUUAUCUGCUGGAAAAGUCAAGAGUAACAUUCCAGCUGUCUGCUGAGAGGAGCUACCACAUCUUCUACCAGCUCAUGACUGGACACAAGCCAGAACUGAUCGAGGCCCUGCUGAUCACCACCAAUCCAUAUGACUAUCCAAUGAUCAGCCAGGGUGAAAUCACUGUCAAGAGUAUCAAUGAUGUGGACGAGUUCAUUGCCACAGAUACUGCCAUUGACAUUCUGGGCUUCACUGCUGAUGAGAAAAUAAGCAUCUACAAGCUGACAGGUUCUGUGAUGCAUCAUGGCAGCAUGAAGUUCAAGCAGAAGCAGAGAGAGGAGCAGGCUGAACCAGAUGGCAAUGAGGUGGCUGAUAAAAUCGCAUACCUCAUGGGCCUGAACUCUGCUGACAUGCUGAAAGCUUUGUGCUACCCAAGAGUAAAGGUUGGAAAUGAGUUUGUGACCAAAGGACAGACGGUCCCCCAGGUGAACAAUGCUGUCUCAGCUCUCUGUAAGUCUGUCUAUGAGAAAAUGUUCCUGUGGAUGGUCGUCCGUAUCAAUGAGAUGUUGGACACAAAGCAGCCCAGACAGUUCUUCAUUGGUGUGUUGGACAUCGCUGGAUUUGAGAUCUUCGAUUUCAACAGUUUGGAGCAGCUCUGCAUCAACUUCACAAAUGAGAAACUGCAACAGUUCUUCAACCAUCACAUGUUUGUGCUGGAGCAAGAGGAGUACAAGAAAGAAGGCAUUGACUGGGAGUUCAUUGACUUUGGUAUGGACUUGGCUGCCUGCAUUGAGCUUAUUGAGAAGCCAAUGGGCAUCUUCUCCAUCCUUGAAGAGGAGUGCAUGUUCCCCAAGGCCACAGACACAAGCUUUAAAAAUAAGCUGCAUGAUCAGCAUCUUGGCAAAACUGCAGCCUUCCAAAAGCCAAAGCCUGCCAAAGGCAAGGCAGAGGCCCACUUCUCUCUGGUGCACUACGCCGGCACUGUUGACUACAACAUUUCUGGCUGGUUGGACAAGAACAAGGACCCACUGAAUGAUUCAGUUGUUCAACUCUACCAGAAGUCAUCCCUCAAACUGCUGGCAUUUCUGUAUGCCGCUCAUGCAUCUACUGAAGGUGAAGGUGGUGGAAAGAAAGCAGGCAAGAAGAAGGGUGGUUCCUUCCAGACUGUGUCUGCGCUGUUUAGGGAGAACUUGGGAAAGCUGAUGACUAACCUGAGGAGCACUCACCCUCACUUUGUGCGCUGCUUGAUUCCUAAUGAGUCCAAGACUCCAGGUCUGAUGGAGAACUUCCUGGUUAUCCACCAGCUCAGGUGUAAUGGUGUGCUAGAGGGUAUCAGAAUUUGUAGAAAGGGUUUUCCCAGCAGAAUCCUCUAUGGUGACUUCAAGCAGAGAUACAAGGUUUUAAAUGCUAGUGUCAUCCCUGAGGGACAGUUUAUUGACAACAAAAAGGCUUCAGAGAAACUCUUGGGCUCAAUUGAUGUUGACCACACCCAGUACAAGUUUGGGCACACUAAGGUGUUUUUCAAAGCUGGUCUACUGGGUAGCCUUGAGGAGAUGAGAGAUGAGAAACUAGCUGCGCUAGUUACCAUGACCCAGGCCCUUUGUCGUGGCUUCCUCAUGAGGAGGGAGUUUGUCAAGAUGAUGGAGAGGAGAGAGUCCAUCUUUGCCAUUCAAUACAACAUCCGCUCAUUUAUGAAUGUGAAACACUGGCCAUGGAUGAAGCUGUAUUUCAAGAUCAAGCCUCUUCUGAAGAGUGCAGAGACUGAAAAAGAAAUGGCUGCCAUGAAAGAGACCUUUGAGAAAACAAAAGAUGAUUUAGCAAAGGCAUUAGCCAAGAAAAAGGAUCUUGAGGAGAAGAUGGUAUCUCUAAUUCAAGAAAAGAAUGAUUUGUUAUUACAAGUUCAAUCUGAGACAGAGAACCUCUCUGAUGCUGAGGAGAGAUGUGAAGGUCUCAUCAAAAGCAAGAUUCAGCUCGAGGCCAAACUCAAAGAGACAACCGAGAGACUGGAGGACGAGGAGGAAAUCAAUGCUGAACUGACGGCUAAGAAGAGGAAACUGGAAGAUGAAUGCUCUGAGCUGAAGAAAGAUAUUGAUGACCUGGAGCUCACCUUAGCAAAAGUGGAGAAGGAGAAACAUGCAACUGAAAAUAAGGUGAAAAACCUGACUGAGGAAAUGGCCUCUCAGGACGAGAGCAUAGCCAAGCUGACCAAAGAGAAGAAAGCCCUCCAAGAGGCACACCAGCAGACUCUUGAUGACCUUCAGGCAGAGGAAGACAAAGUUAACACUCUGACAAAGGCGAAGACAAAGCUUGAGCAGCAAGUGGAUGAUCUUGAGGGCUCUCUGGAGCAAGAGAAGAAGCUCCGUAUGGACCUUGAGAGAGCCAAGAGGAAGCUUGAGGGUGAUCUGAAACUGGCACAGGAGUCCAUAAUGGACCUGGAGAAUGACAAACAACAAUCAGAGGAGAAGAUUAAAAAGAAGGACUUUGAGAUAAGCCAGUUUCUCAGCAAGAUUGAAGAUGAACAGUCUUUGGGAGCACAGCUUCAGAAGAAGAUCAAAGAACUUCAGGCCCGAAUUGAGGAGCUGGAAGAAGAAAUUGAGGCUGAGCGAGCUGCUCGUGCUAAAGUUGAGAAGCAGAGAGCUGAUCUGUCCAGGGAACUUGAAGAGAUCAGCGAGAGGCUUGAGGAAGCUGGUGGUGCCACUUCUGCCCAGAUUGAGAUGAAUAAGAAGCGUGAAGCUGAAUUCCAGAAGUUGCGUCGUGAUCUUGAAGAAUCCACCUUACAGCAUGAAGCUACAGCAGCAGCUCUCCGGAAGAAGCAGGCAGACAGUGUGGCUGAGCUGGGAGAACAGAUCGACAACCUCCAGCGUGUCAAGCAGAAGCUGGAGAAGGAGAAGAGUGAAUACAAGAUGGAGAUUGAUGACUUAUCAAGCAACAUGGAAGCUGUGGCUAAAUCAAAGGCAAACCUUGAGAAGAUGUGUCGUACAUUGGAGGACCAAGUGAGCGAGCUAAAAACCAAGAACGAUGAGCAUGUACGCCAACUUAAUGAUAUCAAUACCCAAAAAGCAAGGCUGCAAACUGAAAAUGGUGAAUUUGGGCGUCAAUUGGAUGAGAAAGAAUCUCUCGUUUCUCAACUGACAAGAAGCAAACAAGCUUACACUCAGCAGAUUGAGGAACUCAAAAGACAUAUAGAAGAAGAGGUUAAGGCCAAAAAUGCCCUGGCCCAUGCGGUUCAGUCUGCCCGCCAUGACUGUGAUUUGCUCAGAGAGCAGUUUGAGGAGGAACAGGAGGCCAAAACUGAACUGCAGCGUGGAAUGUCUAAAGCCAACAGUGAGGUGGCUCAGUGGAGAACCAAAUAUGAGACUGAUGCCAUUCAGCGCACUGAGGAGCUUGAGGAAUCAAAGAAAAAGUUGGCCCAACGUCUGCAGGAAGCUGAAGAAUCCAUUGAGGCUGUGAACUCCAAAUGUGCCUCUCUGGAAAAGACCAAACAGAGACUGCAGGGUGAAGUAGAGGACCUCAUGAUUGAUGUGGAGAGGGCAAAUGCAUUGGCUGCCAACCUUGACAAGAAGCAGAGAAACUUUGACAAGGUCCUGGCAGAAUGGAAACAGAAGUAUGAAGAAAGCCAGGCUGAACUGGAAGGUACUCAGAAAGAAGCUCGUUCUCUCAGCACUGAGAUUUUCAAGAUGAAGAAUUCCUAUGAAGAAGCUCUUGACCAGCUGGAGACCCUGAAGAGGGAGAACAAGAAUCUUCAACAGGAGAUCUCUGACCUGACUGAGCAGCUUGGAGAGACCGGAAAAAGCAUUCAUGAACUGGAAAAGGCAAAGAAAACAGUGGAGGUUGAGAAAUCUGAAAUACAGACUGCAUUGGAAGAAGCUGAGGGCACCCUGGAACAUGAAGAGUCCAAGAUUCUUCGUGUCCAGCUUGAGCUGAAUCAAAUUAAGAGUGAGAUUGACAGGAAGCUUGCUGAGAAGGAUGAGGAGAUAGAACAGAUCAAGAGGAACAGCCAAAGAGUAAUUGAAUCCAUGCAGAGCACUCUGGACGCUGAGGUCAGGAGCAGAAAUGAUGCCCUUAGAGUCAAGAAGAAGAUGGAAGGAGAUCUUAAUGAAAUGGAGAUUCAGCUGAGUCAUGCCAACCGCCAGGCUGCUGAGGCCCAGAAACAGCUCAGGAAUGUCCAAGGCCAGCUCAAGGAUGCCCAACUGCACCUUGACGAAGCUGUCAGAGGACAGGAGGACAUGAAGGAGCAGGUUGCCAUGGUGGAGCGCAGGAAUAAUCUGAUGCAAGCAGAGAUCGAGGAGCUGAGAGCUGCACUGGAUCAAACAGAGAGAGGCCGCAAAGUGGCAGAGCAGGAGCUGGUUGAUGCCAGUGAACGUGUGGGACUGCUGCACUCUCAAAAUACAAGUCUUAUUAACACAAAGAAGAAACUUGAGGCUGAUCUGAUUCAGGUUCAAGGUGAGGUGGAUGAUGUAGUUCAAGAGGCCAGAAAUGCUGAGGAGAAGGCCAAGAAGGCCAUCACUGAUGCUGCCAUGAUGGCUGAGGAGCUGAAGAAGGAGCAGGACACCAGCGCUCACCUGGAAAGGAUGAAGAAGAACCUGGAGCUUACUGUCAAAGAUCUACAGCAUCGUCUAGAUGAAGCUGAGAGUCUGGCCAUGAAAGGAGGCAAGAAACAGCUCCAGAAACUGGAGUCCAGGGUGCGGGAGUUGGAGGCUGAAGUUGAAGGUGAACAGAGACGUGGUGCUGAUGCUGUAAAAGGAGUGCGCAAAUAUGAGAGAAGAGUUAAGGAGCUCACCUACCAGACUGAAGAAGACAAGAAGAAUGUGACUAGACUGCAGGAUCUGGUAGACAAGCUGCAGCUGAAAGUGAAGGCCUAUAAGCGCCAGGCUGAGGAAGCUGAGGAGCAGGCCAACACUCACCUGUCCAGGUACAGGAAGGUGCAGCAUGAGCUGGAGGAGGCUCAAGAGCGUGCUGACAUUGCGGAGUCCCAGGUCAACAAGCUGAGAGUCAAGAGUCGUGAUGCUGGAAAGGGCAAAGAAGCAGAGGAGUGAAAUAUAACUGUCAGAGACAGUAGCAAGUCAUCAUAUAAUAUGAAAUGCUUUUGAAAUAUUAGUUUGCAAAUAGAAACAAUAAAAGGUAAACCAUGAAAAUGUUCUGCUUUUGUUUUCCUAUAAUUAUCAAACACUUAAAUAAAACUGUGCCCUAAUGUUCCCAUCUAAA